AUGGCGCAGGCAUUGCCAGCCUUUCGACGACUGUCCGAAGGCUUUCAAAGGUUUCAAGAAGCUGCACUUUCUCGUGAACAAGUGCAGCUGCAGUUUCAAGAGGUUCGCCCAUACUUCAACCGGGCGCUGCAUGUGCCGGACCUUGCUCAACAAAGACCAGGCGGCCUCUUCACGCAAGACUUGGAUUGGGCAGGUGCUGAAGCCGCGCUUCGCCAGAAAGGAGUGGCCAUCUUGGACGGAGUGUUGACAGAGAAGGCUUUGCGAUUGGUCCACCGCUGGCUGAGCGUGUCCACUGUUUGGUUUCAAUCACUGCAGGAGGGGAAAAUGAUGAAAGCCCAGCUACGUGAUGGACUUCAUGGAGAGCCCGGCCUCCGACUGGUGCAGGAACUCCAAGAACUUCUCCCUCGACUCUUGGGACAACAAGCCUUGUUGGACCUCAUCGCAUAUCGCCACGGUCCACGCAGCCAGGGUCUAGCUCCACACUGUUUGGACGGUUUUCUCGCUGUGAUGAUGUGGCUGGGCGAUACAGCUGGCAGCUCAGUGACCAUCAGCGAUCUUCGGAAGACCACAGAUAACCAUUGCAGCAGUCUUUACGUUUGUGGAGCCAUGGAGACAACUUGCAAGAUCGACCGCCCUGGUCGCCCCGAAAACGACGACUUGGUCGUCCCGAAAACCCCCAGGCUGCAGUUCAAGGCCGAAGAAGAGGCCGAGCUGUGCCGGACACUUAUGGUCGGCACCGAGUUUGGAGAGUUCCUUGGCUUUCGGACCCAGUUCCCAAGUUUGGUUUGGGACUUUAGCCCUUUCCGACCCAGUGCGGAACGGCCAGCGGAAUGGCGACUGGAAGCACUGCGGGAGUUGAUGAAGAUCCAUCAAUUGGAUGCAUACUUCGUGACCAGCAGUGCAGGCAGCGCGCUGGUCACUGCUGAGAAAGCGCUCCUUUGGACAGACAGCCGUUAUUUCCUGCAAGCAGAAAAGCAGCUGGCAGGAACCGAAUGGGUGCUGAUUCUCAUCUUUGUUAGGCAGAAUUCUUGCUUUGAGUUCAAGUUCCUAGUCAUUUAA